CACCGGAGGACGAGCCGCGGUGAGACACACACUUACACCGCAGCGCCUCAACCGGGGCCAGGAGCUCACCUAAAACCUCAGAUUGGAGGUGGAGGAAGUACCGGGUGUCGCUCGAACACGAGCGUUUUACACGCACAGCAGCAGCCUCGGCUGAGGGGUAACGUUGUGCGUUCGAGGACCGUGCGCCGCGAUGUCGGAGUUUCUGGUGAGUCUGCUCGGGGAGCGGCUCGUAAACAGCGAGAAAGCCGAGGUGGACGUGCAGUCGCUGGGCGCCAAGCUGUCCCUGGUCGGUCUCUUCUUCGGAUGCAGCCUGAACGCCCCGUGCAAGCAGUUCAACGGCAGCCUGUCCGAGUUUUACAGCAGGUUCAAAAAGGCGUCGGAACACAAGGACAAAUUGGAAGUCGUCUUCAUCUCGUCCGAUCAGGACCAGAUACACUGGCAAGACUUUUUGCAGGAGAUGCCGUGGCCCGCGUUACCUUUCAAAGACCGACACAAAAAGAUGAAGCUGUGGAACAAGUACAAAGUAACUAGUAUCCCAUCUCUGGUGUUUGUGGAUGCAACGACGGGAAAGGUGGUUUGUCGAAACGGUCUACUGGUGGUCAGAGAUGACCCUAAAGGCCUGGAGUUCCCCUGGGGGCCGAAGCCAUUUGCGGAGGUGGUGGCAGGGCCUCUGCUCAGGAACAACAGGCAGACAACUGACAGCAGCUCUCUGGAGGGACACUAUGUGGGAGUGUACUUCUCGGCACACUGGUGCCCCCCAUGCCGCAGUUUGACCCGGGUGUUGGUGGAAUCAUAUCAAACCGUAAAAGAGUCGGGUCAGAAGUUUGAGAUCGUGUUUGUCAGCGCUGACCGGUCAGAGGAGUCCUUUCAGCAGUACUUCAGCGAGAUGCCGUGGUUGGCGGUGCCAUAUUCAGACGAGGCUCGGCGGUCACGACUCAACAGACUCUAUGGAAUACAAGGUAUUCCCACGCUGAUUCUGCUGGACGCAGAGGGUCACAUGAUCACGCGACAGGGCCGCGUGGAGGUGCUGAACGACCCGGAGUGCCGGCUCUUUCCCUGGCACCCUCGCCCCGUGCUGGAGCUCAGCGAGUCCAACGCCGUGCAGCUACACGAGGGGCCCUGCCUCGUCCUGUUUGUGGACGCUGAGGAGGAAGGUGAAUUGGAGCCGGCCAAGGAGCUGAUUCAGCCAAUAGCGGAGAAGCUUAUGGUCAAGUACAAAGCAAAGGAGGAGGAGAUGCCGCUGCUGUUCUUUGUUGCUGGAGAGGAUGACAUGAGUGACUCUCUGCGGGACUACACUAACCUCCCCGAAGCAGCACCUCUGCUCACCAUCCUGGACAUGUCGGCUCGCGCCAAGUAUGUACGCGACGUAGAGGAGAUCACGCCGGCCGUAGUGGAGCAAUUUGUCGGCGACUUCUUGGCUGAAAAGCUCAAACCAGAGCCCAUUUAAAGAGGAAGUCCAAAUAUAAACCGGACACGCUAUAUGGGACUCACUCCAUCAUCGAACCCUGACCUGUUGCGACUCCCCCCUCGCCUUUCCCAUCCUCGUACUAUCUCUCCCACCUCCCCUCUGACUUUGUCAGACAGUUAGAGAGAUGUCUCACUUUUUACUGACAUUUUAACUUUUUUUUUUUUUUUUUAGACAUGUUCUCUUUUCACGGAGUCCUCUUUUUCUCCUGUGGUGCCUUGCAUUGAUGAUAGUCCCUACAGUAAUAUAUAUGGAGAUUCUGUUGGUUCUUUUUUUUUUUUUUUUUUUGCCUCAAGAAAAGUAUGUGUAUUUUAUUUUUUUCACUCAAUAGUAUUUCCGAACUCUAGAGAAACCCAGAGAAUUACCCAGUGGACCUACUUAUUCAGCUGAUUCUUUGCCUUCUGUUUUGUCUGUGAGAUCCUUGUUACUUCUGGUUUCUGAAUGAUGUUGAGAAACAAUAAAAUGCAUUUUUACAGUU